AAUCUCGAGUAUAUUUAUUUACAAACAAAGGCAAUGCAUUUGAUGAACUUUGUCUCGUUCGUGCUCCUGGUCCUGGUUUACCUGAUAAAUAGUCAUGUAGCUUCAGGUGAAAAUGCAACAGUUCUACCUGUCGUCCUGUGGCAUGGCAUGGGCGAUACUUGCUGCCUGCCGUUCAGUUUGGGCUCCAUUAAGAAACUGAUCGAGGAGCAGACAAACGGCACUUAUGUCUACUCCCUGAAGAUUGGCGGCAACAUUGUCCUGGACUAUGAGAGUGGCUUCUUUAUACAUCCCAAUAAGCAGGUGGACUACGCCUGCAAACGUCUGGCCCAGGAUAAGCGCCUGGCCAAUGGCUACAAUGCCAUUGGUUUCUCCCAGGGUGGCCAAUUUCUGCGAGCUGUGGCCCAACGUUGUCCAGAGCCACCAAUGCGUACGUUAAUUAGUCUGGGCGGUCAGCAUCAGGGUGUCUUUGGUCUACCCAAGUGUCCAACAUUAAGCACCAGUACCUGUGAAUCCAUUAGCAAGCUACUGAAUGUUGCCGCCUAUGAAGAUUGGGUCCAAGAUGAACUAGUCCAAGCCACCUAUUGGCAUGAUCCAUGGCAUCAGAAUAGAUAUAGAACAAAAAGCUCUUUUCUGGCGGAUAUUAACAAUGAAUUGCUCAUCAAUAAAGGCUAUUCCGAGAAUAUCAAUAAGCUAAGAAGGUUUGUUAUGGUCAAAUUUCUAAACGAUACCAUAGUCCAGCCCAAAGAGUCACAAUGGUUUCAGUUCUAUAUACCCGGACAGGAUCGUCUCAUCCAGCCUUUAAAUGAGACAAAAGUCUAUCAGGAUUUGGGUCUGGACUUAAUGCAUGAACAGGGUAAACUUCAAUAUCUUAGCACUGAGGGCGAUCAUUUGGCCAUAUCAAAGGAAUGGUUUAUAAAAAAUUUAGUUCCCCUGCUAUUAGACUAAUUCUAUAACUAGUUAUGAUGUAUAAUAUCCUUAUAAUAACUCCCCCCAAUAUAUAGAGAGAACAAAAACCAAUUCAGCUUUAAA